CGUUGCGGCGGCGGUGCGCGUCUGCCCGCGGGACUGCGCGGCUCUUGGCCGCACGCCGUUGGUGCGGGAGACCAUGGGCGAGCAGAAGGCGGUGAUAAAGGACACGGACAUGCCGGAGGAGAUGCAGCAGCAGGCCGUGCAGUGCGCCCUGCGGUCCCUGGAGGAACACAGCCCUGAGUGCAACGUUGCCGCACAUAUAAAGAGGGAGUUUGACAGGAGGUACACCCCCACGUGGCACUGCGUUGUGGGGAGGAACUUUUCCAGCUGCGUGACGCACGAGACCAAUCACUUCAUCUUCGCCUACCUGGGCCACGUCGCUCUUCUUCUCUUCAAGUCUGCUUAGAGCCGAGCCCCGCCCCGCCGUUCCGAAACCCACAGCCCGCUGCUCUCAGACCGACCGACGGAGGACGCCGGGCACGGGCUUUGCUGGAGUGAAUGGUGUUCUUAUUGUUCCUAGGGGCGAAAUGGAAACAGGAACCCCUCCUUGUGUUUAUUUGCCUUCUACAGCAGGCUUCUUCCCCAAUAAAAACGUUCUGCCUUUCAAAGCCGUGCGGCUGUCUGCGCUCUCUCUGACAUUGCCUGGGCUGCUUGUUUCCCCCUGAGCCCUGCAGUGGCUGUACUCAUAACCUGGUCAGUGAUUGAGCAGUAACAGAUGAACUGGGGACAAACAAAAGCAGCGCCUUUUGCUGAAGGGUUACGUAUGUAUGGUUAUGCAUGUAUUCUUUUUGUUAACUCUCCUUGUCUUUUUGUGCCCAGCGCUGUUGCAGUGAGGCUGAAGUUCCUGCCCAGAAAAUAACAGGAAAGGGAUCAGUGCACACACUCAGGAUAUUCAAAUGCUAUUUUUCGAUCGAAUUAAAACCCCUUUAAGAAGCCGU